GAUAGAGGGAGAGCCGAGACAGAGAGGGGAAGGAGACAGAAAACAAGAGAGUUAGACGGCGGCGAUCACGCUUUGAUACGUUCAGUGAGGUGAUCAGAUACGUGGGAUGGAGUUGGUGCGUGAGGAAAGUUGCAGAGUCGCAGUUGGCGGAGUUCAAACUUGAGAACUAACACCAGGGCCAGAAAGCGAUCACCAGCUGCUUGCUGCACUCUCCAACCAGUGGCAUGGAGCAUGGAGGCAUGAAAAACAUGGACGAGAAGGAAACAACGGACUCGGUUCUACCUUACGCUUCUGAAACCAGUUCCAGAGAUGGGUGCACAACAGACUUACUGAAGGCGGUUUCGGAUUCCAUGGGGCUUUAUAUGGAUGAGCUGCUCCCUCAGACUGAACUAUCAGCAGCUUUGGAUAGGAAGGCUGAGAGUGACUCUGAGAAAAGCAAUAUCCCUCCCAAACAUCUGGAGAGCAUGGGCUUAUCUUCUGUGUCCAAUCUGAGUGACGCGGCUGAAUCUUCUACGUGGGCAAAUUGCGAUUUAAGUUUAAGUGAAACCAACUCCGAAGGGAUUGGCGCGGAAAAGCAGUCCAUCCCCGCAGUCCCUGUGACUUCCUGGUCCCUGAUCAACACCGACAGGAAUAUCCCCACUGAACCCAAAUUGCGUAAAGUGUGUGCCGGAGAAAGUCUAAGUUCAGUCGAGCACGGCGGAACCGACUCGCUCCUCCAGCCCCUGAAAUCCGAAAUCUGUCAAGACAGAGAGGAUGGCUGUAACCCAGCCCCCCGAGGCCAGGUGUCGCCUCUGAAUAUUUUCCGCUUUCCUUUCCUGCCACUCAAUCCUAUCUAUCUGGCCGCACGCACUCACCAACUUCUCACCACGGACGACUGCGACCACGUUCCUUACAUCCCGGACAUUUCCAGCUCGUAUGGUUUUGUCGAGACUGGUGGCUCCCCCAAUUCAAAACCUGAAAGGAAUAUCCAACCAGAAUCCCACCCGGCACUGAACAUGAGUCAGGAAACCAGCAACACGUUUGGUUAUAUGCCCACGGGCUAUUCCCCAUAUACUGACUAUUCCGCUUCCCCUCAACAGCAAAGACCCCCCAUGAGAGGCGAGCCACUUGAAGAUGCUGUAAUGUUUAAGACUGAACCUAUAGAUUCCUAUAGUCUCUCACACCACGAAUCAGGACUCAAUUGCAACUUCUUGGUUCAAGAUGAUACCAUGCCGUCGACUUCUUCAGCCCCUGUGACCUGGUACCAACCCAUUACAUAUUUGGGUUAUCAAGGUGGAACGAAAGCAAUGUCAGACACUUUUUCGCAAGGUUACUCUCAGUACGGUGGUUUGAUAAGGCCAGAGAAUGGAAGAGGCCAUGUUUCUCAUUUUGCCCCUGGGCUGAGUCUGCAGAAACUCUGUCUGAUCUGCGGUGAUGAAGCCUCAGGAUGUCACUAUGGAGUUCUUACAUGUGGAAGCUGUAAGGUUUUCUUCAAGAGGGCUGUUGAAGGGCAACAUAAGUAUCUAUGCGCUGGAAGGAAUGACUGCAUCAUUGACAAAAUUCGAAGGAAGAACUGUCCAGCCUGCCGCCUCAGAAAGUGCUAUCAAGCUGGAAUGGUGUUGGGAGCCCGAAAGCUAAGGAAAUUCAGUAAACUAAAGAACAUCGGAAACAACCCAUCUUCUCUGCAGUCCGAAAUGACACUAUCUAGUGUCAGUCCAGUUGCAAUACCAAAGGUCUCAUUACAUUCAGUUCGAGGGGUCCAGUUCACGCCGACACUCGUUUCCAUUUUACAGAUAAUUGAACCUGAAGUUGUUUAUGCAGGCUAUGAUAACAGUCAACCAGACUCGCCUAACUAUCUGCUAACCAGCCUGAACAGGCUAUGUGAGAGGCAACUUGUAGCUGUUGUUAAAUGGGCCAAAUCUGUACCAGGAUUCCGGAAUUUGCACAUAGAUGAUCAAAUGACUCUCAUUCAGUAUUCUUGGAUGGGUUUGAUGGCAUUUGCAAUGGGAUGGCGAUCAUAUAAACAUGUCAAAGGAAAAAUGCUGUACUUUGCUCCAGAUCUGAUAUUCAACGAGCAACGAAUGCAAAAGUCUGCAAUGUAUGACCUGUGCAUAGCAAUGCGGCAAAUCUCACAAGAGUUCAUUCAUCUUCAAGUGACCCAAGAGGAAUUUUUAUGCAUGAAAACCUUAAUACUCCUUAACACAAUUCCCUUGGAAGGCCUCAAGAGCCAAUCCUACUUUGAAGAGAUGCGGAGAGACUACAUUAGAGAGCUAAGUAGAGCCAUUAACAUGCAGGAGAAAGGUGCACAGAGCAACUCUCAACGUCUUUACCAACUCACUAAACUCAUGGACUCAAUGCAUGAACUCGUCAAGAAAUUACAUCAAUUCUGCUUGAAUACUUUUGUUCAGUCCCAGGCACUCAGUGUGGAAUUUCCAGAGAUGAUGUCAGAGAUUAUUACUACACAGUUACCCAAGAUCCUGGCUGGGCUGGUGAAGCCACUGCUCUUUCACAAGAAAUGAGUAAAUUUCUCUCUUUGUUGUGCCUGGCUGCGUUGAUUCACAGGCAGCAUUUUUUUGCAUUUUGCAAGUUGACAGCUUUACUCUAUUUUUGUGACCAUGACAGUACUGCGAAUGAAGAUUGUUUUCAAAUUUAUUACAGAAGAUUUAGCAAUGCUGUUUGGCAUCAGUUAUAGUGGAAGUCCAUUGCCAUAGCUGCAGUAUAUGUUUUAUAAGCAAUGAAAUGUGAAUUUAGUCUUGUUGUUUAAUGUGUAACUUCCGGAUCAAAAUGAUUUUGUAUCUUUUGGUACUUUCUGGUAUUUUGUAACUUUCAAGUUAUGUAAAGUUUCUGCAUCUGCUAUAAUAGUAAAUGGAAAUGCUUAUGCUCUUCAGUUUGAAAGCUGCAUAACCCCCAAAAUUUCUUUAUUCAUCAUCCUUCAUGUGCCAUAAAUGAUACCAGCCUUUUUAAGUAGUUAUUUAAGUGAAUCUUGUGACCAUCCUUUACAAUGUCCAAUCAGAAAACCUCCUCUGUUCUUGUUUGCUUUUUCUUCUGCCACAGCUAUCAGUUAAAUUGGGUCUGUUGUGUUGGGUGCUAGUUCAGAGAAGGUAUACUUUGCAAAGAUGAUUGUGUCACAAGUUUUUUGUUUAAUGUAAGAUAUUCAGUGUUUAUGUAGUUUGGGAACUUGUAGGUCACCUCGACAUUUUAAAAUCUGCAUUGACUAUUAAGAAACCUUUAUCUGGCCUCAACAGUCACACUUGAUUCUCAUUCAAAUAAGGGUGAACAACAUGCAAUUUUGCAAAAGUGAUAAGGGAGAUCAAGUAAACAGAGACUCUGACAUGCUUCAAGCCAAGGUGGCUGCAUUUAAAUUUCUGCAUAUUAGUAGCUGCAAACGUAAGGCAUUUGCAUUGAUAUCAGCUCCCAUGUUUGUAAAUCCCAGAUUGGAGUUUUCAGUGGGGUCUCUGUAACUCAAUGUGGUGGCACUGUGUUCUCCUAAACACUUUUCCCUUUUAAAUCAAAUUAAUUACGUUAAAUUGGUUGAUCUUGCUCCCACAAAAGGCAACUGACUUCUAGAAUAGCAAAAAUUACAUUUCCUUCGACUUUCCUUACAAGCCACUCUCCCCUGUUUUUGUCUGAUAAUUACCAUUAAUGCCCCCUCUUAGACUGAAAACCAAUAAGUGCAUCCAUUGAAACAAACUAAAGAUCUGGAUAACACAGUGCUGUUGUGGUACUCACAUUCUGAAAAACUUAACAGCAGAUUGUAAUGUGGAAAACAUGAAAUCUGUACAAUUCCAAGUGAAAAUGAUUUCUAUCGUGGUUCCAGGAAUUGAGUUCACUGCAUGCUAUGACAUGUGUCCUGAGCUCCUUCUAGACACUGCUUUAUAAGAGGUUGAAACUGACCUCAAUUGUGGCUACAAAGCUAUGAUUGGGCAUAUAAACAAGUAAAUGAGUGCACAAUUGUAGGCUGCUUGUGCAUAUUUAGAAACAGGACAUGAUGAAAACGGCCCAUUGCUUUUUGGCGACCAAGCAACUGACAUUAUAGAGGAUGUAGUGGCAGAUUUCUCUCAGCAGGAAUGCAAUCCAGUCCCAUGAAUACACCCACCUUAUCCGACAACAUGGUGGUUAUUUUCACAAAGCAGGAUGCCACCACAUCAAGUGACAAUAGGCACCCCUUGAAUUUCCCAUGUUCUUGUAGGGCCUUCUCAAUGAGGGGCUUAAUUUCAGUUCAAUUUAGCUAUGUUGUAUAGAUCAAUUUUUUCAUGUAGAUGUUGUCUCAAAAAAGAAAUCAAUGGUUAACUAUAUUUAAUGAAUGAGGUUAAGGAAAUUGGAUCUUGACUUCUUCCCAUGUCCUCUGUAAAAACUAAAAUAUACAGGACAGAAAAAUUGUAUUAUUGAUUCAAUCUUCAAAGGCAGCCAAGUUAAAGCGUACCACAGAGUAACAUUCAGAGCAAUUGAGGGGAAAUGUUACUAACUGUAUCAAAAUAGUGUUAAAUCAGACAGCCAUUCCCCUGAUUUACCUCUUAUUUCUCUAUAGACAACUGCUCUCUCUCUUACUAUGUGGUCCCUUUAGCAUACAAAGAGAGUCACCUGGGGGAGAACCUGCGGGGGAGGCAGGAGCGGGCUCAAACCCGAUCGGCGCCCCCGAUAGGGUCCACGGUGCCAUUUUAUAUGGGCGGGCCAAUUAAGGCCCACCCAGCAUGAUGAACACCCGGAAGUACUGAGCG